GGACAUGUUUUGAAAAAGCCUGUCUCAGUGUGACAGUGACAACAUAGUGAGGAAGAGGAUUUUGGCGUAAAGUUGAUGAUCGAUACUCAAUUUACAAGACAAUGUCCCUUCUAGACUAUGAGAAUCAGAUGUUUCUGGAUGCCUUUCAUGAGGAUGGACUCUUAGUGACAGCAAAAGGUCUUGGUAUUGAUAGAAUUCUGAAGAACUUUAUCAAGGUUCACUGUGACCCCGCAAACCUGGUACUGGUUCUCAAUGUUAGCUCAACAGAAGUGGACUACUUGACAGAGCAGUUAGAGAUUGAAGGUGUGAAACCACUGCCCAAGGUGAUCACCAACGAGUACAAUGCCUCAGACAGACAGUCCAUUUAUCUCCAAGGAGGUGUUUUAUUUAUCACCUCCCGCAUUCUGGUUGUGGAUUUGCUGACAGAUCGGGUCCCUAUUGAUCAUGUGACAGGAAUACUGGUCUACAAAGCUCAUAAGAUUAUAGAUUCUUGCCAAGAGGCCUUUAUUCUGCGACUGUAUCGACAGAAGAACAACACUGGUUUUAUCAAGGCCUUCUCUGACAGCCCAGAGUCUUUUACAUCUGGUUUUUGUCAAGUGGAAAGGGUGAUGAAAAGUUUGUUUGUACGAAAACUCUUCUUGUGGCCAAGAUUUCAUGCUAACGUUGUUUCAUGCAUGGAACAACAUCAGAUUGAUGUAGUGGAAGUUCAGCUUCAUUUGACUCCAGCCAUGAUGGCGUGUCAGUCAGCCAUUUUAGACCUCAUUAAUGCCUGUUUGAAGGAACUAAAAAGAUGUACACCAGCUAUUGACAGCGAUGAAGUAACAGUAGAAAAUGCCCUCACUCGUAACUUUGAUCAAGUUCUCCGCCUUCAGCUCGAUCCAAUUUGGCACCAGCUAGGCCCAAAGACAAAACAGCUGGUUUCUGAUCUGAAAACACUUCGUCUGGUUUUGAGACACUUAACCCAGUAUGACUGUGUGACCUUCUACAGCCUCGUCAAAUCUAUCAGAUCGAGUGAAAAAACUUUUGGACAGAACUCUGGAUGGCUUUUCCUUGAUGCGGCUGACAGUUUAUUUGUGCAUGCAAAAGAGAGAAUCUAUGGACCUGAAGAUACAAUGAAGAAGGCCAAGGUUGCAGAAGAAACUACAAGACAACAAGAAAACAGAGUUCCAAUCCUAGAACAGUGUCCUAAGUGGGAGGCCUUGUCAGAAAUCCUGGCAGAGAUAGAGGAGGAAAAUGUUAAGCAGGGUUUAUCUUCAAGUCAGGGGAGAACACUCAUUGCUGCGGAGGAUGACAGGACCUGCACUCAAAUAAAGGAUUAUCUCUGUGAGGGAGGGUCCACCAUCUUAGCCAGGAUGUACAACAAAUAUGUGGCCUUGAAGCUGGGGUUACAGGAGGUCUCGGAGAAGAAAGAGCUUGACAAAUAUCCAAACAAAAGUAAAGGAAGAGGAAAGAUGACAAAGAAGCCUGUGGAGAAACCUGAACAAAGCAGCUGUGAAUAUACACUGACUCAGAUGGUUGGGAAGAUCGAUGAUAACACCAGCAGCAGAGCUAAUCCAGAAGGCAACGAGGGCCUACAACUUUCCUCUCAGGAUGCAUACUAUGGUAUCCUCUCUUCCCCAGCUGUUGUGGUUCACCCCCUUCAUGGUUGCUCUGACCACCAAGGCCUCAUGCGGACACUGCAGGAGGUCCAGCCUCGCUAUGUCAUCCUCUAUGAUGCUGACAUGCAGUUUGUGAGACAGCUUGAGCUGUUUAAGUGUACGAGGCCUGGCCUUCCACUGAGAGUGUAUUUUGUUAUGUACACAGGCUCCACAGAAGAACAGAGAUAUCUGACAACAUUGAGAAAGGAAAAAGAAGCAUUUGAGUACCUUAUUAGGACAAAAGCUACAAUGGUGAUCCCAGAGGAAAGAGAUGGUAAGGCAGGGGAUGCCCCAAAUUUGGCAAGGGACAGCACUCCUGCUAGUGAGACGGUCAGCUCUAGGAAAGGUGCUGUGGAGAAACCACAAGAACAGAGGGUUAUUGUGGACAUGCGCGAGUUCCGCAGUGAGUUACCGUCCCUGAUCCACCGUCGUGGGAUAGAGAUUGAGCCUGUUACACUGGAGGUGGGAGAUUACAUCAUCACUCCAGAGAUGUGCAUCGAGAGGAAGAGUGUAAGCGAUCUGAUAGGUUCACUCAAUAAUGGACGCUUGUACAACCAGUGUGUCUCCAUGUGUCGCUACUACAGACGCCCCAUCCUUCUCAUCGAGUUUGACCCCACAAAGUCCUUCUCUCUGCAGGGGAAGUAUGAUGUCUCUAGGGAAGUGUCAAUACAGGAUGUGACAUCACGCCUCACCUUGAUCACAAUUCACUUUCCUAAACUGCGUAUCCUCUGGUGUCCCAGUCCCUAUGCUACAGCAGAGCUUAUCCAGGAACUCAAGAUUGGACGGGAUCAGCCUGAUGGGGCGACAGCCAUGACAGUGACGGCAGCUGAAGAGGAGUUAGAGUGGUCAGACAGAUAUAAUCAUGGCCCACAGGACAUGCUUCUUAAAAUGCCGGGCAUUAACUCCAGAAAUUAUCGUCAGGUGAUGAAUAAGGUUGAGAGUAUAGCAGAGUUGUCUUCCCUUAGUCAAGAAUAUCUGACGGAGUUACUGGGGAAUUCUGGGAAUGCUGAAUCACUGUGGAAGUUCCUGCAUCAACAAGGAGGCGUGAUUGAAGAAUCAACAAACCAGAAACCCUCAUACAAGAAAAACUCAAAAUCAAAUUUCCAUGGGAAAGGCAACAAGAGUUCCAGAUAGUACAGUUGACUUACUGUGAAUCUGUAAUAUCAGUGUUUAGAUGCAUUUGUACAUUUCAUAACAAAUUUACAGUGGAGAAAUCAGCAGGCUGUGAAGCUAAUCAAGUGACAAUUCAUCAUCAGAUUUUUUGAAACCUAUGAGAUUACAUUAUGGUAACAUUUAUUUAUUUAUUUAUUACGAUGAAUACAUUUAUGUUAUUACCCUGUGUACAAAAUUAAUAUUUAACAAGCACUUGUGACUAUCAAAAGUACAUGUAUGUGUCUACCAUAAAUCCUCAACAAAUGUGUCUACCAUAAAUCCUCAACAAAUGUGUCUACCAUAAAUCCUCAAUAAAUGUGUCUACCAUAAAUCCUCAAUAAAUGUGUCUACCAUAAAUCCUCAAUAAAUGUGUCUACCAUAAAUCCUCAAUAAAUGUGUCUACCAUAAAUCCUCAGUAAAUGUGUCUACCAUAAAUGCUCAAUAAAUGUAGGACAUUCAUAACAAAUAUAUAUGUGUUUGACCACUU